AMGUUAUUUAAUUUGAUUGCAAUCUCGAUACUUUUGGACCUUGUCUUCCAGAAUACAGUUUUCGGGCGUCGCUAGUUCCAUCGGUCGGAUCAUUCGACGCAACUCCAUUAGCAAAUACUUCUACUGGCUAAACCAACUCAGCAGCGAUGAUUCGAAGGAGAGGGCAUGGGCAAUACGAAGAGGAYUCUUCCUCGGACGAUGAGGAGGAUGCRUUCUCGGCCUUAUCCAAGAAGGCCAACAUGAAGAAGAAAGCCAAGCAAAACAACAGUAGCAACAACACGGCGUCGCCUCCCAAYAAUGGGACUAAAGCAACAACAACAAUUAGAAACGUAAAUUCUACAUUAGUAACAGUUGAUGGCACCGGAAAGUUCAACGGGCAAGGAAGUUCUGGAGUAUCUUYAUCGGUAUCUAAUUCACAACAGCAGCAACAAAAACAACGAGUACCRAAACUAUCYGUAACAUCUUCCAUGAAACGUCAUCACAAGCCUAGCGACACCAGAAAGGCAAAAAUGGAUGCCUUGAUUCAAGAAUUGGAAGCUGAAAAAGAUCAAAUUCCAAAGAAGUCGAAACGKUUUGUUCCAGAGAAGAAAGGUAGUUUUGUGGACCCGGGAGAGGAACAUUUGACAACGAAUCUAUUCGUCGGGAAUCUAGCUCCGUCAAUCGCAGAAGAGGUAAAGAAACAAAAGAAAUCCUUUUUGAGACUUUGUCACGACAGGAUGUACACAUAUGUGUCAUAUCUGUUUCGUUCCAAAGAAAAUACGUUGGCCGUUCUGCUUUGCUUUGUAAACACAACUUAUCAAUGGUCGUUUUUUGUCUGAACUGAUGAUCUAGGAUCUCAGUAAUCUCUUUUCGCAGUUUGGUGCGUGUUUUCGGAUGGUGCUGAAACGAGGCAUUUGUUCAUGAUCGAUUGUGCGCUUUGUUUUAUACCUCGCAUUGGUKAUGUGUUGUAUGUAAAUUGAUUUGGACUUGUACUAAUAAUAUUGAAACUUUAGGUGAAGUAAGUGAAAACACAGGUGGCUCCUAAARKUAUAAGCUGCUGCAGGACGAUAGCUAACAUGUUCUCCCCGGAUUSUCAAUUCUGUUUAUCUGUUGUGAAUUUCAGUUGUAUUCAGUAAAGAUUAUGUGGCCUC